UGCUGCAGAGUUUCUCAUUUUCAAAGAGUAGAUAAGUUGUGCAGCUUUGGGCUUGCUAGUGUUGUGCUUCUGUUUGACUCUCAGCUUGUACUUCUGGGGCAGACUUGGAAAAAGGGGGCGCGCAGCGGCGGCGUGACACAAUUGGACGCCGCGGGUGGGCUAGUCCGAGAGACGACGGGGGUGCGCUCUCCAAAGUCGUUUCAACAGAUGGUCGGAGGGUCAGUGAGUGUCAGCUCGUCUAAGUGUGGACAUUACAGCAUGCAUUAGGGUAGUGCUUUGUCUGAUGGAUUGUGUGGUCUUUCCGUGAGCCGCACAGGGAGAAAGUAAAAAAAAAAGACGCCUCCACCUCUCAGAUGUGGGAACAGAGCCUGAGGUAGCUGUGCUGAACUUUCUCAGAUCCUUACAGAAGAAAAAUAGCAAGGUUGCUGACAGUUUCUUCACCUUGGUGCUGACCUUGAACAACUGCAAUGAAGUAUUUUUCUUUGGUUCUGCUGCUUGUGCUCAUGACUCUGGAAUUAAGAGUAGCAACCAGUUCAGGUGUAAAAGUUCAGAAGUUUAAAGGUCGUGUGCAGCGAGAUAGAAGAAACAUCAGACCAAACAUUAUACUAAUUCUCACUGAUGACCAGGAUGUGGAACUUGGUUCAAUGCAGAUAAUGAAUAAGACCAGGAAGAUAAUGGAACAGGAGGGUGCUCACUUCACCAAUGCAUUUGUGACCACACCGAUGUGUUGUCCUUCCCGAUCAUCUAUCUUGACAGGGAAAUAUGUUCACAAUCAUAAUACUUAUACCAAUAAUGAGAACUGCUCUUCACCAUCAUGGCAGGCGAUGCAUGAACCGCGCACCUUUGCUGUGUACCUAAAUAACACUGGCUACAGGACAGCUUUCUUUGGAAAAUACCUCAAUGAAUACAAUGGCAGCUACAUCCCACCUGGAUGGCGCGAGUGGGUUGGAUUAAUCAAGAACUCCCGUUUCUAUAACUAUACACUUUGUCGAAAUGGUUAUAAGGAGAAACAUGGGUUUGAUUAUCCCAAGGAUUAUUUUACAGACGUCAUUACCAAUGACAGCAUCAAUUUCUUCAGGACAUCUAAGCGACUGUACCCUCAUAGGCCAAUAAUGAUGGUCCUUAGUCAUGCUGCACCCCAUGGACCAGAGGAUUCGGCACCUCAAUACUCAGAAUUGUUUCCAAAUGCUUCCCAGCACAUUACGCCAAGCUACAACUAUGCACCAAACUUGGACAAGCACUGGAUCAUGCAGUACACGGGACCAAUGCUACCUAUUCAUAUGGAGUUUACAAAUGUACUGCAGAGGAAAAGGCUCCAGACUUUAAUGUCAGUCGAUGAGUCUGUUGAAAGGAUACAUGAUAUGCUUGUGGAGACUGGGGAGUUGGACAACACGUACAUUAUUUACACCGCUGAUCAUGGAUACCACAUAGGGCAGUUUGGAUUAGUGAAGGGGAAGUCUAUGCCAUAUGACUUUGAUGUCCGAGUCCCUUUCUAUGUCCGUGGUCCAAAUGUGGAGCCUGGAUCAAUUAUUCCUCAGAUUGUCUUGAAUAUUGAUCUCGCUCCAACCAUUCUUGACAUUGCAGGACUUGAAGUACCAUCUGAUAUGGAUGGAAAGUCUGUACUAAAGCUGCUGGAGUAUGAGAAGCCAGGAAACAGAUUUCGAAUUCAUAGAAAGAACAAGAUCUGGCGUGAUACAUUCUUGGUUGAAAGAGGGAAAUUUAUACGCAACAAGGAGGAAAACGUCCAGCACACUAACCAUCUACCUAAAUAUGAGCGUGUUCGAGAACUGUGCCAGCAAGCACGGUACCAGACAGCCUGUGAGCAAACUGGUCAGAAGUGGCAAUGCAUUGAAGAUGCUACGGGAAGACUUAGGAUUCAGAAGUGUAAACCCUUCCAUAACAUAGGCACACUGAGGAAGAAGGUUAGAAGCUUACGAUCCCGUGGGUAUGGCAAUAACAACAACAACGACUGUGACUGUGGUGAUACAGACGUCAGGAUGAAGAAAGACAAAAGAAAAAAACAAAGGCCUUUCACAAAAAAGCAGAGCCCUCAAAAAUUUAAGCCACGCUUUGUUCAUACUCGACCUGCUCGUGCAGUUGAUGAAUUUGAUGAAAAUAUUUAUGACAUGGAGUUUGAAGAAGAAUCUGAACCAGACCAGCCAAGAAACAUUAGCAAACGCCAUUAUAAAUAUGAUGAGGAAGAGGAAUUUGAAGAUUAUGAUGUUGAUGUUGAUGAUGAAGAAAUGCUUGGUGACAGCAGUAAUUCAUUGAAUUUGCCAAAAUCUGUCCAAGUAACACACAAGUGCUUCAUUCUUCCCAAUGACACCGUACACUGUGAAAAAGAGCUGUACCUGUCCCCACGAGCAUGGAAGAACCACAAGUCCUAUGUAGAUAAAGAGAUUGAAGCGCUUCAGGAUAAAAUCAAGAAUUUAAGAGAAGUGAGAGGACAUCUAAAGAGAAGAAAACCUGAUGAAUGUGACUGUAAUGCAAAGAGCUAUUACAGCAAGGAAAAAGGAGUCCAAUCCAAAGGGAAAAUGCAUAGUCACCUUCAUCCUUUCAAGGAGGUAGCCCAAGAGGUGGAUAGCAAACUCCAGCUUCUUAAAGAGCUGCGCAGAAAAAAGAAAGAAAGGAAGCAGAAGAAACGUAAACUGAAGAAGGGCGAAGAAUGCAGCCUUCCUGGACUUACUUGCUUCACACAUGACAAUAACCACUGGCAAACUGCACCGUUCUGGACCUUGGGAUCCUUUUGUGCAUGUACUAGUUCAAACAACAAUACGUAUUGGUGCUUACGAACUAUUAAUGAAACGCACAAUUUUCUCUUCUGUGAGUUUGCCUCUGGCUUCUUAGAAUAUUUUGAUAUGAGCAGUGACCCUUAUCAGCUGACAAAUACAGUGCAUACUGUAGAAAGAGACAUCCUGAAUCAAUUACACAUACAGCUAAUGGAGCUAAGAAGUUGUCAAGGUCAUAAACAGUGCAAUCCACGACCCAGGGGACUCGACUCAGACGACAUUUGUGGGAUAGAUGGGAAGGCUAAGUUACCAAACUUCACAGAAGAUGUCAACUGGCAAGGACUGGAAGACUUGUACACCAUGAAUGAGAGUUUGUAUGAAAGGAGAUACAAUUUUAGCCUUAGUCUAGAUGACUGGACUAAUUACUGGAAGGAUGUAGAUAAAAUGUUUGCACUGCUGUUCAAUUUUUAUGAAAAAAAUAAAACUGCUUCUACCAAAACCCCAGCUGAUGGUGAGUUUCCUGUUACAUCAUCAGAAAGAGCAAACGUAAAGGAUAUGUCCUACAUAGAGUCCGAGGAGGAAUCUAGUGGUAUAGCAAUGAAAGAGGUAGUGCCUAUGCUGUCAACAUAUUUUGGAUUUAGAAGUCUACAUGCAAUUGAAAUCACUUCAGAAAAGAAACUUGAACUGAAUAAUGAUAUUCCUGAAAAUAAAGUUUCUGGUUUUGCACACUGGAACAGUAAUCAGCCUGAAAAAACAGUUCAGCAAAUGACAUGGGAGGGUGAAGAUAUGACUUUCAGUGGGAAUGGUGUGGCAGAACUGGAAUCUAAUAUUGGUUUCAUAUUGCAUCCCAUCAGCCAUCUUCCAACAGAGAAAACGGAGUACAAAAUUGAGGAUGAAGGCCAUAUCUUUGAGGGCCAGACAUAUCUUCCUGUAAGGGCUGAUAGCCCCUCCCUUUGUCAGACAGAUGAUACUACUGAGACUAGGCCUACUUAUUCAGAGAAGUCAGAAGCUGCAGCAGACAAAAUGAAUCCUAUAGCCGAAGGAUAUGAAAACAGUGAAGGCAGUGCUUUUAUCACCUUCCUUGACUAAUGUGGCAGGAGAUAUUUAUUGCAACAGCUUUGUUUAAGUAAAAAAAAAAAUUAAAGGUGUUCUUGAUAUAGGAAUUUUGGAAAAUCAGGCUGCUAAAUGGUAGUGUACAAGAACAAGUUUUGCAAAAAAAAAAAUGAUUUCACCGCAUAGAAAAUGUGACUUUCUUGGGAGGGGUUGUCCCUCCAUACCUCCCCAUGCAGGGAGCCAUGCCCCUUUCAACACCCUGUUAAUAAACUGUAAUGUCUGUGUUCCUAAUGGGGAUACAACUCCGCUGUUUGUAGUCUUAGUGUGAGUAGUGAAGCAUUCUGCUGUACACAGUACCUCACAUAAAAUACUUGCACAUAAGCAGACACACUUGCAAAAAAUAACACAAAGCACUCCACAUGAUUUUCCCUGCACUUUAUCAAAAUUCUCCAUUCCAAAGCAGUUGCCAAACUACUGCUGAUGAAAACACUGAUAAAAAAGCCCCAUGUAUCCUUUUUACUACACCAACUGCAGCAAAAGCAGCAUUAUUAACAUUUGCUAUAGCAAAGUAGUGCACCUCUAUAAGAUAAGCAAAUGUCAGUGUUAUAUGCAGGCAGAGAUGUUUACAGUACCCUUAAAUGAUGAGGUUACUGUUUAUUACCUUUAAAAUCCGUGUUUGUUUUGGGAUAUUUAUUUUCUGCCAUUAUCAGGUCUGUUAAAUUUGAUAUUUAUACUCUCCUGGCUGGGUGUUCCCUUACAAAUAACUGUUGGUAGGAAGAGAAAAAUGUACUGUAUUGCACUUUUUUAAACUACUUUUGUUGUUAUUGUUACUGAUCACAGUCGAAACAUUUUUUCCAGCAUUCAUAGGUUGAUCUACACCAUUUAUUUCAAGGCAGUGUCAUAUAACUUUUUAGUUUUGAGUGAGUGAGAUUGUGCUAAAUUUGAUUUGUUAACAAUACACUGUUGCCUGCAGGUCUGUGUGAUAAAGCUUUGAGGAAUCUUUGACUGAAAAUGUACUGCUGUUUUAGUUUUGGCUGUAAUUGUGAAAUAACUGUAUACUUACAAUUUGAUAUAGUAAUUCCUACUGUUGGCAUCACUGAAAGUGGGUGAUAAGCAUAGAGGUUUAAACGUAUACAUCUUCCAACAUUUCUGCAACACUUCCUGCUUGCUUCAGAACAUGGUUGCAUAUAAUAUUGUCUUGAUGUUACACAAAUGACUCAUUUAAUUGUGUUACAAAGUUAUUGUUCAGUCCAGUUUGUGUAAAAUUUUAGAGACUGUUGAUUUCACAUAUUGUAUAUGCACUGCAAGUUUUUUCUCAUUCUCAAUAUUUAAGCUGAUUUUUUUUUUCAAGAAAUGCUGUUGCGUAUUUUUGCUUACAAACAAGUUUUUAUCAUUUUUUUUUUCCUCAUUACAGACCGCUGUUACUGAAUCCUCUGUAAAUAUUUGGGUUAAAAAAGCUGUUAGCUGUUUAACAGAGAUGCAAGUUUGGAGUUGAACAAUGCACCAGCCUAUUUAUGGUACCGAAAUGUUUUGUAAAUAAUUUAAAUAAUAGUAGAAAUUAAUUAUAAUUGUAUGCUGUAUUGUAUGAACAAACUGUGUUUUUAUGAACAUUUUUAGAACAAUUCUGGCUUCAGGAAAGCCAUGAAGCAAUAUUUCCAGAAAAAUAAAAUGCUUUACAAACCACGUAA